AUGGAUCUUGUCUCCACAGGGACUGUGAGGAUGUCCCAGAUGUGGAUGCUGAGAUGGGUCGUUCUACUGGUGGGGCUGCAGACAGUGCAAGCAGACAGUUAUAUGGAAGGAAUGGGUGACUCUGAGUCUGUAGUGGACUUCAUGACAACAGCAGCUGGUAACUAUUUCAUUUUCAUAUAUAUUAUUGAUAUAUAUUCUCUCUUGAGUUUAGCCGAACCGAAUCCUGAUCAUCAGUCCAUGAUCUGCAGCACAUGGGGAAAUUUCCACUUCAAGACAUUCGACGGUCAUUUCUUUCAAGUGCCAGACACGUGCAACUACGUUCUGGCGGUGAUGUGUGACAGCACACCACCUGAUUUUAACAUCCAAAUGCAAAGAGAGACUGUGAAUGGCUCAAUCAUUUUUAGCAAAAUCACAAUAGAUCUACAGGACGCAGUCAUUAAACUCACCAACAACGACAUCAUGAUGGACGACCAAGUGUUGAAUAAUUCAACCUAUAAGAAUGGAAUAACAGUCGAGCUGAGCACAUCAAGUGUAAAGAUCUCUAACAAACAUGGAGUGACUGUCUUUUGGGAGAAGGACCAAUCUUUAUUGAUUGAACUUUCUGAGAAGUACAAAGAUCAGACCUGUGGACUCUGUGGAAACUUCAAUGGCGACCAGGCUGAUGAUUCAGUUGACAAUGAUGUUUCUGAUCUGGCCAAAUGGAAGGUGCCUUCACCUGAAUCCUGUGGCGACGUCAUUCUUCCCCCCAAUGAUCAGUGCGAAAAUCAGACAAGUGUUUGCCAGCAGUAUCUCAGCAGUCCAGGGUUUAGGAACUGUUACAAUGUGAUGGACAUGGGUUCAUUUGAAGAAGCCUGUGUGAACGACCUGUGUCAAUGCUACGGCAAUCACGACUGUCUCUGCAACACACUCACGGAGAUUUCACGACAGUGCACACAUGCUGGAGGAAAUCCAGGAACAUGGAGGACAGAGCAGCUCUGCCCAAAGACAUGUCCUCUAAACAUGCAAUACCUGGAGUGUGGAAGUCCGUGCAAGAACACCUGCAAAGAUCCAAACGCAAGUCUAAUGUGUAACGAACACUGUGUGGACGGCUGUUUCUGCCCUGAAGGCACCGUUGAGGAUGACAUUGGUAAUAACGGUUGUGUUCCUGUGAACGGCUGCCCAUGUGAGCACAAUGGCAACAUAUACUCAUCAGGAAAGUCAUACACACAAGCUUGUAAAACAUGUGUGUGUGCUGCUGGAUAUUGGAGCUGCACGGAUCUGGAAUGUCCCGGAAUCUGCUCUGUUGUGGGAGGGUCUCACAUCACCACUUACGAUGGGAAAAAAUUUACUUUUAAUGGCAACUGUGAAUACAUCCUCACUAAGCACUCUAAUGACAGUGAUAUUGCUGUCGUGGGAAAUCUGGCAGUGUGUGAUCCGGACCGAACAGACACAUGUCUAAAUUCAGUGACCCUUGUCAUCUCGGGGACCACUAUUAGUUUUUCCUCCAGUGGAUCCGUUAUACUGAAUGGACGUCCAUAUCUGCUUCCUGUCCUUGAAGGUCCUGUGAGCAUCUUCCAGCCCUCCUCCUCCUUCAUUAUUGCUGAUAUGAAGAGUCUUCGUCUAGAGAUCCAGUUGGCUCCAGUCAUGCAGUUGUAUAUUGUAGCCAGCACUGAAGAGAAAGGAAAAAUGAGUGGUCUGUGUGGAAACUAUAACGACGUCCAAGAAGACGACUUUAAAACGGAAUCAGGCAUUACAGAGGGCACACCAACCACCUUUGUCAACUUAUGGACGAAAAACUUGUUCAGUUGUACAGAUGACAAAAACAAAAUUUUCACAGAAAAUCCCUGUAGCUUGAUUUCGCAGACAGAUAAAAUAACUAAAGACUGGUGUUCCCGUAUCACAAACCAAACCGGAGUCUUUUCCCCAUGUCAUUCGGAAAUAUGUCCUGAGAUCUACUACCAAUGGUGUGUCUAUGACACCUGCAAGUGUUCAGAUAUUAGGAAGUGUAUGUGUGCAGCUGUGUCCACUUAUGCCCACGCGUGUGCUGCCAAAGGAAUCAUUCUCCAGGGCUGGAUGGAUUCAGACCCCUGUGUGACUGAGUGUCCAGGCAACAUGAAGUACUCUUACGGAGUGACCAGCUGUGGAAGCACCUGCCGCUCUCUCAGUGUACAUGAUAACACCUGCCAAGGGUCCUUCACACCUGUAGACGGCUGUGUCUGUCCUGUGGGAACAUACCUCAACGAAGCCGGCAGCUGUGUACAUGCUGACCAGUGUCCUUGUUACUAUGGUGACAAGGUCAUAGACGCAUCAGGAAUAUUCUACAAUAAUGGUGUUAAAUGCAAAUGUAACCAUGGCAAAUUGAACUGCUCAAGACAAGCAGACUGUGAAGAUCCAAAGGUCUUCUUCAACUGCUCAAAUCCUGGAACAAGAGGGGUAGAGUGUCAGAGGACAUGUGGGAAACAAGACCUAAACAAUUGUGUGAGCACAGGGUGUGUAUCAGGGUGUAUGUGUCCAGACGGCCUUCUGGCUGAUGGCAAUGGUGGGUGUGUGGAGAGGGAAAAAUGUAAUUGUAUCUACAAUGGAUUCCCCUAUUCUCCAGGGGACCAAGUUCAGCAGGACUGUAACACCUGCACAUGCACAAACGGGAUGUGGAGUUGUACAGAAAAGACAUGCUACGGCACCUGUACCAUCUACGGUGAAGGUCAUUUCAAGACUUUUGAUGGCAGGAAAUAUUCCUUCCACGGAGACUGUGAACACACCUUAGCCCAUGAUAAUUGCAAUAUGGACCAAACUCCCACCUUCCGCCUUGUCACAGAGAACAAAGUCUGUGAGACCACCAGCACCAUCUGCAAGUCAAUCAGUCUCUCCUUUGGGCGAUACGAGAUACUAUUAUCAGAAGAUGGAGUCAAUGUUGUUGAAACCAAUGGCACAGAUUACCAAUAUCAGAUCCAUUCUGCGGGGAUAUAUAUUGUCACAGAGGUCAAAGGUCUUUUGAACUUAAUCUGGGACAAUAAAACAAGCCUGAUGCUCCAGCUCCAUCCCAAAUUAAAGGGCAAGGUGUGUGGACUGUGUGGAAACUUUGAUGGUAAUGCGAACAAUGACUUUAUGAAGCACAAUGGAGAAGUGGUGACCAAUCCAGAGGAAUUUGGGAAUAGCUGGAAGUUGAAACUCACAUGCCCAGAUGUGACAAACGCAGUGGACCUUUGUGAAGAACAUCCACAUCGGAAAGCCUGGGCGGAAAAACGAUGCAGCAUCAUUAAUAAAGAAGCCUUUAAAAAAUGUAAUGCAUAUGUGGCCCCUCGCCCAUUCUAUGAAGCGUGUGUAAGGGACACCUGUGCAUGUGACAGCGGAGGUGACUGUGAUUGUCUCUGUACUGCAGUGGCAGCUUAUGCUGCUGAAUGCCGUAAAAAAGAGGUUUACGUGACAUGGCGGAGUCCAGCAUUUUGCCCUUUAUUCUGUGACUAUUACAACUCCAUUGAAGAUUGUUACUGGCACUAUAAUUCCAGUGGACCUGCUUGCGUAAAAACCUGCAGAAACCCAUCAGGAACCUGCUCUGAUCAAAUUCCUCCUCUUGAAGGAUGUUUUCCUAAGUGCCCUUUAGAUAAGCCAUAUCUGAAUGAGAUGACCAUGAAGUGUGUUGCAUGUUGUCCAGAAAUGUGUAUAGAAACAUUCACAACAUCAACAGCGACACCUACAACCACUUCUACAACAACUACAAUUACUAAAACAACAUCUACAGAGACAGAAACAACACCUUCCACAACACCAACAGCGACGCCUACAACCACUUCCACUACUACUACAACUACUGUAACAACAACAUCUACAGAGACAGAAACAACACCUACUACAACAACAUCAACAGAGACACCUACAAUCACAUCUACUACUACACCAACUACUGGAACCUCGACACCUACAUCAACAGAAACACCAUCUACAACUAGUACAACUACUGGUACAACACCACCCAUUGUUUGGUCAACAUCUACGUCAACAGAGACAUCCACAAUCACAUCUACUACUACACCAAGUACUCGAACAUCGACACCUACAUCAACACAAACACCAUCUACAACUGGUGCAAUAACACCUACGUUUUGUUGUAAGUUGUCAGACUGGUCAGACUGGUUUGACAGCAACAAACCCAGCACAGGACCACAAGGAUUGGAAACUGAAUCCAUUGAUGCUUUGUGGACUUCAGAAAAAAUAACCUGUCAGAAACCAGAAGAAAUUGAAUGCAGGGCAGUAGAUUAUCCAGAAAAGCCUUUGAAAGAAUUGCAGCAAACCGUGCAUUGCAAUGCAUCAUAUGGUCUGAAAUGUUCAAAUAAAGAAAAUUCACGUGAAAUGAAACCAUAUUGUCAUAACUAUGAAAUUCGUGUAUGUUGCAGGAAAAGUGAUUGUUCUACAACCUCUUCUAUUACUACAACUACAACUACAAUAUCUUCUGCAACAACAACACCUUCUACAACAACAUCAACAGAGACACCUACAACCAUUUCCACUACUACUACAACAAUUACUGUAACAACAACAUCUACAGAGACAGAAACAACACCUUCUACAACUCCUACAAAACCAACAUCAACAGAGACACCUACAACCACUUCAAUUACCACAACAACUACUGAAACAACAACAUCUACAGAAACAACACCUUCCUCAACAACAUCAACAGAGACACCUACAACAACUACUGAAACAACAACAUCUACAGAGACGAAAACAACACCUUCCUCAACAACAUCAACAGAGACACCUACAACCUCUUCCACCCCUACAACAAUUACUGUAACCUUUACAGAGACAGAAACAACACCUUCCUCAACAACACCAACAGAGACACCUACAACAACUACUGAAACAACAACAUCUACAGAGACAGAAACAACACCUUCCUCAACAACAUCAACAGAGACACCUACAAUCACAUCUACUACUACACCAACUACUGGAACCUCGACACCUACAUCAACAGAAACACCAUCUACAACUAGUACAACUACUGGUACAACACCACCUAUUGUUUGGUCAACAUCUACGUCAACAGAGACAUCUACAAUCACAUCUACUACUACACCAAGUACUCGAACAUCGACACCUACAUCAACACAAACCCUAUCUACAACUGGUGCAAUAACACCUACGUUUUGUUGUAAGUUGUCAGACUGGUCGGACUGGUUUGACAGCAACAAACCCAGCACAGGACCACAAGGAUUGGAAACUGAAUCCAUUGAUGCUUUGUGGACUUCAGAAAAAAUAACCUGUCAGAAACCAGAAGAAAUUGAAUGCAGGGCAGUAGAUUAUCCAGAAAAGCCUUUGAAAGAAUUGCAGCAAACCGUGCAUUGCAAUGCAUCAUAUGGUCUGAAAUGUUCAAAUAAAGAAAAUGCACGUAAAAUGAAACCAUAUUGUCAUAACUAUGAAAUUCGUGUAUGUUGCAGGAAAAGUGAUUGUUCUACAACCACUUCUAUUGCUACAACUACAACUACAAUAUCUUCUGCAACAACAACACCUUCUACAACAACAUCAACAGAGAGACCUACAACCAUUUCCACUACUACUACAACAAUUACUGUAACAACAACAUCUACAGAGACAGAAACAACACCUUCUACAACAUCAACAGAGACACCUACAACCACUUCAAUUACUACAACAACUACUGAAACAACAACAUCUACAGAGACAGAAACAACACCUUCCUCAACAACAUCAACAGAGACACCUACAACCACUUCCAGUACUACAACAACUACUGUAACAACAACAUCUACAGAGACAGAAACAACACCUUCCUCAACAACAUCAACAGAGACACCUACAACCACUUCCAGUACUACAACAACUACUGAAACAACAACAUCUACAGAGACAGAAACAACACCUUCCUCAACUACCUCAACAGAGACACCUACAACCACUUCCACCCCUACAACAAUUACUGUAACAGCAACAUCUACAGAUACAGAAACAACACCUUCUACAACUCCUACAACACCAACAUCAACAGAGACACCUACAACCACUUCCAUUACUACAACAACUACUGUAACAACAAUAUCUACAGAUACAGAAACAACACCUUCCUCAACAACAUCAACAGAGACACCUACAACAACUACUGAAACAACAACAUCUACAGAGACGAAAACAACACCUUCCUCAACAACAUCAACAGAGACACCUACAACCUCUUCCACCCCUACAACAAUUACUGUAACCUUUACAGAGACAGAAACAACACCUUCCUCAACAACACCAACAGAGACACCUACAACAACUACUGAAACAACAACAUCUACAGAGACAGAAACAACACCUUCCUCAACAACAUCAACAGAGACACCUACAAUCACAUCUACUACUACACCAACUACUGGAACCUCGACACCUACAUCAACAGAAACACCAUCUACAACUAGUACAACUACUGGUACAACACCACCCAUUGUUUGGUCAACAUCUACGUCAACAGAGACAUCUACAAUCACAUCUACUACUACACCAAGUACUCGAACAUCGACACCUACAUCAACACAAACCCUAUCUACAACUGGUGCAAUAACACCUACGUUUUGUUGUAAGUUGUCAGACUGGUCGGACUGGUUUGACAGCAACAAACCCAGCACAGGACCACAAGGAUUGGAAACUGAAUCCAUUGAUGCUUUGUGGACUUCAGAAAAAAUAACCUGUCAGAAACCAGAAGAAAUUGAAUGCAGGGCAGUAGAUUAUCCAGAAAAGCCUUUGAAAGAAUUGCAGCAAACCGUGCAUUGCAAUGCAUCAUAUGGUCUGAAAUGUUCAAAUAAAGAAAAUGCACGUAAAAUGAAACCAUAUUGUCAUAACUAUGAAAUUCGUGUAUGUUGCAGGAAAAGUGAUUGUUCUACAACCACUUCUAUUGCUACAACUACAAUAUCUUCUGCAACAACAACACCUUCUACAACAACAUCAACAGAGAGACCUACAACCACUUCCAGUACUACAACAACUACUGUAACAACAACAUCUACAGAGACAGAAACAACACCUUCCUCAACAACAUCAACAGAGACACCUACAACCACUUCCAGUACUACAACAACUACUGAAACAACAACAUCUACAGAGACAGAAACAACACCUUCCUCAACUACCUCAACAGAGACACCUACAACCACUUCCACCCCUACAACAAUUACUGUAACAGCAACAUUUACAGAGACAGAAACAACACCUUCUACAACUCCUACAACACCAACAUCACCAGAGACACCUACAACCACUUCCAUUACUACAACAACUACUGUAACAACAACAUCUACAGAUACAGAAACAACACCUUCCUCAACAUCAUCAACAGAGACACCUACAACCACUUCCAGUACUACAACAACUACUGUAACAACAACAUCUACAGAGACAGAAACAACACCUUCUACAACUCCUACAACAUCAACAGAGACACCUACAACCACUUCCAUUACUACAACAACUACUGAAACAACAACAUCUACAGAGACAGAAUCAACACCUUCCUCAACAUCAUCAACAGAGACACCUACAACCACUUCCAGUACUACAACAACUACUGUAACAGCAACAUCUACAGAGGCAGAAACAACACCUUCCUCAACAACAUCAACAGAGACACCUACAACCACUUCCAGUACCACAACAACUACUGUAACAACAUCUACAGAGACAGAAACAACACCUUCCUCAACAACAUCAACAGAGACACCUACAACCACUUCCAGUACAACAACAACUACUGAAACAACAACAUCUAAAGAGACAGAAACAACACCUUCCUCAACAACAUCAACAGAGACACCUACAACAACUACUGAAACAACAACAUCUACAGAGACAGAAACAACACCUUCCUCAACAACAUCAACAGAGACACCUACAACCGCUUCCACCCCUACAACAAUUACUGUAACAGCAACAUUUACAGAGACAGAAACACCACCUUCUACAACUCCUACAAAACCAACAUCAACAGAGACACCUACAACCACUUCCAUUACCACAACAACUACUGAAACAACAACAUCUACAGAGACAGAAACAACACCUUCCUCAACAACAUCAACAGAGACACCUACAACAACUACUGAAACAACAACAUCUACAGAGACGAAAACAACACCUUCCUCAACAACAUCAACAGAGACACCUACAACCACUUCCACCCCUACAACAAUUACUGUAACCUUUACAGAGACAGAAACAACACCUUCCUCAACAACACCAACAGAGACACCUACAACAACUACUGAAACAACAACAUCUACAGAGACAGAAACAACACCUUCCUCAACAACAUCAACAGAGACACCUACAACAACUACUGAAACAACAACAUCUACAGAGACAGAAACAACACCUUCCUCAACAUCAUCAACAGAGACACCUACAACGACUUCCAGUACUACAACAACUACUGAAACAACAACAUCUACAGAGACAGAAUCAACACCUUCCUCAACAUCAUCAAUAGAGACACCUACAACCACUUCCAGUACCACAACAACUACUGUAACAACAACAUCUACAGAGACAGAAACAACACCUUCCUCAACAACAUCAACAGAGACACCUACAACCACUUCCACCCCUACAACAAUUACUGUAACCUUUACAGAGACAGAAACAACACCUUCUACAACAACAACAGAGACACCUACGACCACUUCCACCACUACAAUUACUGGAACAACAACGUCUACAGAGACGAAACCAACACCUUCUACAACAACAUCAACAGAAACACCUACAACCACUUCCACCACUAGAACAACUACUGUUACAACAACAUCUACAGAGACAGAAACAACACCUAGAAUUCAUACAACACCAACAUCGACAAAGACACCUACGACCACUUCCACCAAUACAACAACUACUGGAACAACAGAAUUCAAGGAGACACAAUCCAAAACUACACCUGGUAUUUCUUCGACGGAGUCUUCUUCACACUCCACAACCAGCAGUAGUACCACCCCAUGUAACCCAGAGUGUGACCCAAUCGAUGAAACCAAUUUUUACUGUGUCAAUGGAUUUCCACCUGAGAAAGUGUAUUAUAACAAUGGCUCCUGCUGCAAGUAUGAGUGUGAAUGUAGAUGCAACAGCUGGGGUGACCCUCAUUACACAACCUUUGAUGGAUAUUAUUAUACUUUCCAAGGAAACUGCACAUAUGUUCUGUUCCAAGAAAUUAUCCCAAGAUACAAUAUCAGUGUCCAUGUUAAAAACUUUUAUUGUGAUGUUAAAAAAAAUCUUGCCUGCCCAGAAUAUGUCAUUGUGAACUACAAAUCCUAUAAAAUCAAGCUGACAAGCAACACUACUAAAGUCCAGGUCUAUGUUAAUGAUUUAAUGAUAACACCAACCUCCCAGCUGGGAGAUAUAAUCAUCAGCACAACUGACAUUGCAGUGCUAGUGAAUGUGUCUGAUAUAAAAGUUGAGAUUUUAGUCAGUAAUCUAGCUGUCUCUGUCAAACUCCCAUUCUCGUACUUCCAUGGUAAUACUGAGGGACAAUGUGGGGUUUGUGACAAUAGCACAGCAAAUGAUUGCAGGCUCCCUAAUGGAACAAUUGACAAAUCUUGCGAACACAUGGCACAGUUGUGGAUGGUACCCCCAGGAUGCAAUCCUCCUAAUGUAACUACACCUCCACCAACCUGUACACCGGAAGUGAACCAUGCCUGUGAACUCAUCAAGGGAAAAUUAUUUGAAAAAUGUCAUGAGUUUGUUCCAUAUCAACACUAUUAUGAGGCAUGCAAAUAUGACGUGUGUGCCCUUAAAAAUAAGUCUGUUGCGUGUACCAGCCUGGAGGCCUAUGCACAGCAAUGCGGCCUGCAGUCUGUUUGUGUGGACUGGAAAAACUCAGCUGAUCUCAAAGGGCUAUGCGAAUACAAGUGCCCAAGUAACAAAGUCUACAAGGCAUGUGGGCCUAAAAUAGAACAAACCUGCAGUACAAGAUACAAUGAUAUGUUUGUGGAGAAAGAUUGCCAAGGCAAAAAUUGUCAAAACACAUUCAUGGAAGGUUGUUUCUGUCCUAACAACACAUAUCGAGUUAGUUCAACGACAGAUAAAUGUACACCUAACUGCGAUUGCAUGGGCCCUGAUGGGUUACCUAGACUGCCCGGGAAUACCUGGAUCUUUAACUGUACCAUAUACAGCUGCUCCAAUGACACCUUUGGUAUUACGAAAGAGAUUGUUAAGUGUCCCACCAUUAAACCCUGUGGCAAAGAAUACAAAACAACAAUUAAUGACUGCUGUCCAACCUGUGUGUGUGAUUUCGAGCUGUGUCUUCAGAAGAAAUGUGAUGUGGGAUUUGAGUUGUCAGCAAAUACGACUAAUAAUAGUUGCUGUCCAGCCUGUGUUCGCAAAGACGUCUGUGUGUACAAUAACACUGAAUACAAGCCUGGAGUUAAAAUCCCUAUGGAGCCUUGUGUGGAAUGUCACUGUGAAAUGGAUAAAGACCUAAAGACUCAUCUACAUAAUGUGACAUGUUUUACUAAAGUCUGUGCACCUUGUGCUGAGGGCUCUGAAUAUGUGAAACAAAAAGGAGAAUGCUGUGGAACAUGUGUACCAAAGAACUGUACUUACAUGGCGCCAAAGAACUGUACUUACAUGGCGGACAACACUACAUAUACUCUCAGGGUUGGAGAAGUCCACAAUUCCAAAUGUGAAACUGUUACCUGUCGUGAAAUUAAUGGCUUGCUUGUGACUGAGAAGAGCAUAAGAGAAUGUCCUUACUUGAGUUCACUUAACUGUGGGCCUGGGCAAUCAUAUGUGAAAAAAGUUGGAGAGUGCUGUGGAACAUGUACACAAGUGGAAUGUAUAUAUGAUGCGCCAGACAACACCAGACAUGUUCUCAAGGAUCGAGAGGGGUACAAGUUCAAAUGUAUGACUGCUACCUGCAAUAAAGUGAAUGGCUCGUUUGCUAUUGUGGAGAGCGUUAAAAAAUGCCCUGACUUUAAUCCAGGGUACUGUGAGCCAGGAACAAUUAAAUUUGACAUGGAUGGAUGUUGCGAAAUCUGUGAACCCAGCAACUGUGUUCUUGGGAAGAACGUCACCCGUCUGCAUGUCGAUGAUUGCACUUCCAUCGAGGAUGUAGAAGUCACUUCCUGCACUGGCCACUGUGACACCAAAUCAAUGUAUUCGAUGGAAAAGAACAUCAUGAACCACAGCUGUUCUUGCUGUCGAGAGAAGACAGUAAAGAAUCGAGAGGUGAUGCUGAAGUGUGCCAAUAGCAGCGAGAUCCUUCAUCACUACAUGCACGUUGAGAGCUGCUCAUGCACUCCUACCAAAUGUGUGGACUAG